CCAGCAACCUCUCGAGCGCCUCCUUUGCACAAGCCUCCGACCUACACGCAUCUUCGACAUGGCCACGUUCACUGCUCGCAUCCAUCCGCCACACCUGCGCCCGAAGCGACCUGCAACUCUCGGGACUGACAGCACCGCCUUCCCGCCCUCUUCCACUCCGCGAUCACUGUCGGCCACAGCCACUGCCUUCGAAAUGAACGUGAACGGUGCUCCAUCGGCACGCGCUGCCACUGACGACCUCGACAUAGUGGACGAUGGCGACUUUGGCGAACCAUCACGCACCUCUUCACCACCCUCAGAAGACUCCCUCCACGCGCCCGCUGUCCAGCGCUAUGGCGCCGAGGACCUCGUGGGCAUUGGCCGCCAGUGCAGCAAUCGCCUGCCACCAGCCAGUGCCAUCCAAGCCAUGUUUCUCUACGAGUUGCAGCGAGAGACCGAGGCGGAGCGGCUCUUCCAUAGCCAGAUGUUCCGCCUGGCCAAGUCUGAAGACGAGGUCGCCGUCCAGUCUCGCCGCUUCGCUGGAAUGGAGUCGCGCAUGCUCAAGCUCGAAACUCAGCUCGCUCUACAAGGACUGGCACAGGAAAAACGCAUCGCUGCCAACCAGGCUCGUCUUGCGGAGGCCGAAGGAAAGCUGAGUGCCAUCGCCGACCAGCUCAACAAGGUCCAGGAGUUGAAGAAGGAGAUCGCCGUAGCUGCCAUUGAUGAGGCCAAGCGAGCUGCUCAAGAUGCCGUUGCUGCAGCCACAAACCACGCUGUGCCCUCUUCUGGAGACUUCCCAACCGCCGAGUUCCAGAACAUGCAGCUGGAAAUCGACGUUCUCUUCCACGACCGCGACGGCAUCAUCGCCAAGCUCACUGCUGCCCGCGACCGCAUCGAAGAUCUCGUGCAAGACGUCCAGCAGCUCAAAAUCCAGCCAACCGAAGGCCAGGUUUCCAAUUCUGGUGGUGGUCCAUGUUCUCCUCCCAGCCCGCCAGCCGCAGUCCAGCCUGAGGCAGUCGUCACUGGCGGCAGCAGCAACAACACCACCACCGCCACCGAGGAUCUCGUCGAUACGAGCAUUCCAAAUGGCAAGCCUGCUUGGACGGCUUCGGAUGCUGUCCAGGAGAGGAAGGCGAAGGCGUUUUUGUGAUGGGAAGCUUCCCAAGCAACACGCUUGCCUCCAUGCCUUCGUACUUGCUGCUGCUGCUGCUGGAUGCCACGAGGUGGUGUUCUGAGUGUAUGUAGGGGUCGAGUAGGCAGCGUUACCAAAAUUCACGGUGCGCAUACAUAAAUGGAAAGGAAAAAUGCC